GCGCAGGUCUCGCGGGCUGGUGCACAGGCCGGUCGACCAACGCUCGCCAUGAAAUCGGGACCUGCGCAGACGCGAGGCGUGGCCUAUGCCGCCCAAGGCCAAGCGACCUCUCGCAGCCAGAUGCAUCGAACGCUGGUGGAGCCGUGCAGCAAACAGGAGCCCCUCCGGUGCCGGCAGCCGGACUUCCGACUGAAGGCU